GUCCAUUAACCUGGAUGUGGACUGUGGCAGGGACCCAGAUAUGUGCUGGGCAGGACCCGGAUAUCACAUCCACAGGCCUGGCUGUGGCGUGUGGAGUCCCGGAUGUCAUGCUCCUCUCCUUCCACUGACAGGGUCUAGGACCCAGAUGUGGUGUGGGGAUCCCGGAUGUCAGGUCCCUCCACAUCCACUGAGGGUCCAGGACCAAGAUGUGGAAUGGGAACUACCCAGAUGUUAGGGACCUCCAGGUCCAUGAACCUGGAUGUGGGGUGAGUACCCAGAUGUUAGGGACCUCCAGGUCCAUGAACCUGGAUGUGGGGUGAGUACCCAGAUGUUAGGGACCUCCAGGUCCGUGAACCCGUAUGUGGGGUCGGUACCCAGAUGUUAGGGAUCUCCAGGUACGGGAACCCAGAUGUGGAGGCGAGUACCAGGAUGUUACUUAACUCCAGGUCCACUGGCAGGCGCCAGGACCCGGAUGUGAGGGGUUUGGACCCGGAUGUGAGGGUUGGGACCCAGAUGUGAGGGGUUGAGAGAGGUGGAACCCAGAUGUGGGCGGAGCGGGCACUCCACACCUUGGCCCCGGGCUCCAGCUGCGCUUUGGCCGUUGGGGUCCUUUCCCAGACUCGGAGGCAAUAAAGCAGCCAUGCUGCUUCUGGAUGGAAUUCUUCCUCACUUCCGCCCCCCAGCGCAGGCCAAGCCCUCCUGAGUCCCUCACUUCCUCCCCAGCCCAGGCCACACCCUCCUGAGCUCUGGCACGCCCUACUGAGCACAGGCCACGCCCCCUGGGCACAGGCCACGCUCCCUGACGGUCCUGACUCUUAUUGCAGCCCUCCAUGUAGUUCUCGAGGUUUCCCUCCUCCCCUUCCUCCUGCCUCUGCCAGGCCUGGCAAUUUCUUGGCGCCCAGCCCAGAAACUCCAGGCUUUUCCCUUUCUUCCCUGCCUUCCCCUUCAGCACCACAUCCUGUUCCUUUCCAAGGAACAAGGGGACUUUUAUUUUGGAGGGGGGUUGUGGAGUUCUGGCUGCUGGAGUGACGUGGACAUUUGACCCCUGCGAGCUUCCUGGCUGGCAGGGAGAGCAGCAGGCCCAGGCGCUGAUGGCAGAGAACUGUGGAUGUCGCACAGCAGCUGCGCAGCCCCACCCCUCGCCUUCCUCCUCCUCCUCCUCCCCCCUGUCCCCUGCGCAGGCCCCGCCCCCUCGCGCCCCAACUUCCUGCUGCUCUUGGCCGACGACCUGGGCCUGGGCGACCUGGGCAGCUUCGGGAACCGCAGCCUGCGCACCCCGCACCUGGACGGCCUGGCCCGGGACGGCGUGCGGCUGACCCAGCACCUGGAGGCAGCGUCCGUCUGCAGCCCGAGCCGUGCGGCCUUCCUGACGGGACGCUACCCUGUGCGCCUGGGCAUGGUGACCACCAACGGGGCGCGCGUGCUGCAGUGGGCAGCCGUGUCGGGCGGGCUGCCCACCUCCGAGAUCACCUUCGCCAAGAUCCUGCAGGAGCAGGGAUAUGCCACCGGCCUCAUAGGCAAAUGGCACCUGGGCCUCAACUGUGAGUCCCCCACUGACCACUGCCACCACCCCCUGAACCACGGGUUUGACUCCUUCUUCGGGGUCCCCUUCACCCUGAUGGGGGACUGCCUGCAAGCGGAGCCCUCGGAGAAGCGAGCGCGUCUGCAAGGGCCCCUGGACCUGGGGGCUCAGCUGCUGCUGCUUUCCCUGCUCUGCCUGGCCGCUGGGAAGGUCACGGGCCUGCUGGGCCUGCGCUGGGUGCCCUGGGUGCUGGGCCCCGGAUGUGGGGCCUUGCUCCUGGCCUGCACCUCCCGCCUCCUGGGUAUCUUCAUCGUCCAUGCUGACUGCUUCCUGAUGAGGGAUCACCAGGUCGUCCAGCAGCCUCUGAGGUUUGAGGCCAGCGCGGGGCUCUUCUUGCGGGAGGCUGAGGCCUUCAUCCACAGGCACCAGGCCCGCCCCUUCCUCCUCCUCGUCUCCUUCCUCCACGUCCACGUCCCGCUGGUCACCUCACCUGCCUUCCGGGGCCGCAGCGCGCACGGCGCCUACGGCGACAACGUGGAGGAGCUUGACUGGAUGGUGGGGCGACUGCUGGCAGCGCUGGACGGUGCGGGGCUGGGGCGCCGCACCCUCGUCUACUUCACGUCGGACCACGGUGCCUCACUGGAGGCCCGGGCUGGGGGCGCCCGCCUCGGGGGUUCCAACGGCGUGCACCGAGGUGGCAAAGGCAUGGGCGGCUGGGAGGGCGGCAUCCGGGUCCCUGGGCUGGUGCGCUGGCCCGGGACCCUGCCCGCAGGGCGCCUGGUGCCUGAGCCCACCAGCCUCAUGGACCUGUUCCCCACCGUGGUGCGCCUGGCCGGGGGCUGGGUUCCAGCGGACAGGGAGGUGGACGGCCGGGACCUGAUGCCCGCGCUGCUGGGGACGGCGCUGGCCGCAGGCCACGACUUCCUGCUGCACUACUGCGAGGCCCGGCUGCACGCCGUGCGCUGGUUCGACCGCCCAAGCCACACGGUGUGGAAGCUGCACUUCGCCACUCCACGCUUCGACCCGCCGGGCUCGGGCACCUGCCUCGGUUUCCCUGCCUGCGCCUGCUCGGGGCGGCGAAUGACCCGCCACCGGCGGCCACUGCUCUUUGACCUGACGGCGGACCCAGGGGAGACUCGCCCGCUGCAGGGCCCGAUGGCGACGCGCAGGCGCGUGGAGGCCGCGGUGGCCCGGAUGCUGCGCAUGCGCCGCCCCCUCGCGGCCCCGCCCCUCGCCCCUGCACACAACACCUGGAGCCCGCGCCUGCAGCCCUGCUGCUCGCCCGGACCGCUCUGUGCCUGCGACCACCUGAUCCCCGACCUCUGACCCCGA